AUUAUGGGAAGGGACAAUGACAGCUACCUGCAGGCUUUCAUCCUGGUGGGCUUUUCCGACCGACCGCGACUGGAGAUAAUUCUCUUUGCUUUCGUCUUGGCCUUCUACAUCCUGACCUUGGUGGGAAACGCUGCCAUCAUCCUCCUGUCGAUCAUGGACGCCAGACUCCACACGCCCAUGUACUUCUUCCUUGGGAACCUGUCCUUCCUGGACCUCUGCUUCACAACAAGCAUUGUCCCUCAGCUGCUGUGGAACCUUUGGGGCCCGGAGAAGACCAUCACCUACCACGGCUGUGUGGCCCAACUCUACAUCUACAUGGUGUUGGGCUCCACGGAGUGCGUCCUCCUGGCUGUCAUGUCCUAUGACCGCUAUGUGGCCGUCUGCCGGCCCCUGCACUACACCGUGGUCAUGCACCCACGCCUCUGCCUGCAGCUGGUGACCGUGGCCUGGUGCUGUGGCUUCCUAAACUCCUUUGUCAUGUGUCCUCAGACGAUGCAACUCUCCCGGUGUGGGCGUCACCGGGUGGAGCACUUCCUGUGUGAGAUGCCUGCCCUCAUCGCCAUGUCCUGUGAAGACACCAUGCUGGUGCAGGCGUUCGCCUUUGUCCUGGGGGUUGCCCUCCUCCUGGUGCCCCUCUCCCUUAUCCUCCUCUCCUAUGGCAUGAUCACUGUCACCGUGCUGAGGAUCAGGUCAGCAGCAGGGCGCAAGAAGGCCUUCAACACCUGCUCUUCUCACCUAACGGUGGUCUCCCUCUUCUACGGCACCAUCAUCUACAUGUACCUGCAGCCAGCGAACAGCUACUCCCAAGACCAGGGGAAGUUCCUCACUCUCUUCUACACCAUCGUCACGCCCAGUGUCAACCCCCUCAUUUACACUCUGAGGAACAAGAAUGUGAAGGGAGCAAUGAAGAAACUUCUGGGGUGGGAGAAGGGGGCUGGGGAAGCCUAA